AGAAUUGGGGCCGGCCAUCUUGGGCUGGUUACCUCUCCGGAGUCCGGACUCAAAAGAGUAAAAUACUCCGGAAGAUUCCCCAGCUAAGCUCCAAUGGCUCUGUAACUUUGUCACUCAAACACUCUCUUUCCCCUAAAAACCUCCCACUUUUUUCUUACUCUCAAAUUCAAAAAACCCUCUUUUUUUCUCUCUCCUCUCUAUACUCAACCCAGCUUUUAUCGAAUCACCAAAUUCAAAAAUUAACGCUAAACCCUAGCGUUUUCUGUGUUAGGGUUUUUCUUUGAUUUAUGUAAGAUGGACCGAAUUAGGCAUAACAGCGCAAAUUUUCCCUCUGAAUCCACUAAUGGUGUCGGUGUCAGAUUUGCUUCUUCUCCUUCACUACCAAAUUACAGCAGCAAAGCUGUUCAGGAUGCUCUGCGACACUUGGCAUCAAUUGAUCUGAUCGAUUUGUGCAAUGAGGCAAAAGUUGAACGAUGUCGUGCCAGCAGAGAUCUGAGGAGUUGUGGUCGCCUUGUGGAGUGUGUGCUCAACUCAUGUGGACACGCAUCUUUAUGUGCAGAGUGCAGCCAACGCUGUGAAAACUGCCCCAUCUGUAGAACUUCCUUGCCUAAAAACGGGGCUAUACUUCAGCUUCGCCUUUACUAUGAGUGUGUUGAGGCAGGUCUUAUCUCCAAAGAUUGCAAUGACAGAUUUCCGGAGAAGGAAGAUAGUGGAAAAUACCUUACAGCUGACGUCCAACGUCUUUAUUCUUUGUUUGAUGUUGCAAUGGAGAACGGCUUAUGCUGUUUGAUAAGCCAUUAUGUUACAGAUGUUUGCAUGGAUGAAAGUGCUGUAUCAAGUGAUCCUGUAAUAGCAUUUCUACUGGAUGAGGUGGUCGUCAAGGACUGGUGCAAAAGAGCAUUCAAGAAUAUCAUAGAACAAGUCCGAGGGAUAUAUAAUCUUGCAAUAAAUGAGAUGAAAACCAAAAUGGAUGCACUUCUUAAGAUUUUGGCAAAGCUGGUUGGCUUAUCCAGUGUGCUGGAAGUUUUGAACUUGUCAUUUAAGGAUUCGCAUUCAGCAAAGCUUGAUGAUCUCCACCGACUUCAAGAGAGCAUAUCAAAGACCAAGCAGCAUAUGGAAAUGAUGAUGUGGUGCAUUAGACAUCACUUUUUGGACAGUGUUAGGUCUCGCCACAACAAUAUCUUCUCUUGGCGUACACUUGUGCGUGAUAGGAAGUCAGCUGCAGUAAAGCGUGCUUGGCCUGAACCAGAUGAACUAUCUGGAGAGUCUACAGCACAUGAUAUUUCAAGUCUUUUUAUUGAGGAUGCAUUGCUGAAUCUUGAAUUUGACGUGGAUCAUGAGCCGGCCAGUGCAAUUGAACUAGAAAUUUCAUCUUUACAAAGGGACGGAGGUUCAUCUUUCUUCAGGUUUAAGAUUGAGGGAUUGGGAGGUUGCUAUCCCUUUGAAAAUUUGAGGGCUGCCAUUGAUAUACUCUUCCUUUGUGGAAGUUCUGAUAUGGUGGUUGCCAAACGUGCUAUUUUUUUGUAUUAUCUGUUUGAUCGCCAUUGGACAAUGGCUGACGAGGAAUGGAGGCAUGUAGUAGAUGAUUUUGCAGCUACUUUCAGUAUAACCAGGCACUCUAUGUUGGAGUCUUUUACCUUUUAUCUUUUGGAUGAUCACACUGAUGAAGCCCUUCAGGAAGCUUGCCGACUUCUCCCUGAAAUAGCAAGUCCAGAAUCUCAUCCGAAGAUUGCAAAAGUUCUGUUAGAAAGAAAAAAUCCUGAUUCAGCUCUUAUGUUUCUGCGGUGGUGUGGGCGUGAUGGUGGAGCUGAGGUGUCCUUGAGUGAGGCAGUCACAGCAGUCAGGGUCAGAGUGGAAUGUGGCCUUUUAACAGAAGCGUUUAUGUACCAGAGGAUGCUUUGCAUGAAAAUCAAAGAGAAGCAAUUGAAACAUAAAUUGCCAGUAGAUACUCUGGAAGAUUCUGAUGGCGAACUCAGAAAUUGGACAGAUUGGGUACUUGUGUUGGUAACAGAAAUUUGCUAUCUUUGUGUGCGGAGAAAUUUUACAGACCGUUUUAUAGAGUUACCCUGGAAUUAUGAUGAAGAGAGGCAUCUUCGUAAAUCUCUCUUAGAUUGUGCAAUGGGUGACCCCUGUACAACUGCUGGAAGUCUUCUUGUUGUGUAUUAUCUCCAGCGCCACCGAUAUAUUGAUGCGUAUCAUACAGAUAUGGAGCUUCAGAGAGUGGAGGAGGAUUUUAUAUCAAUGCAUAAUGUCAAUGAAGAGGUGUUGUGCAGAAUGAGAUCAUCAGCUGACUGGAGAGCAGGAUUGGUGAAUAAAGCUGUCGAGUUACUUCCAGAAGUCGAGCAGCAGCAGCUGAGGAAUAGAAAGUUGCCUGAAGAAAUGGUUAUAUGUGGGGGUGAGGUUGGUUGUCAAAGAGAAGCAGAUAUUGUUAGGGAGCAAGAAGAAGCUGCUUCUACGCCUUCAGCAACCUCUUCCUUCAGCUCUUCCCUCCUUCUCCAGAUGGAGCAUGAGACAUCUUUCAGACCAUCAAGUUAUCCAAUUUCCGAACCAUCUGGACAUGCUAGAGAUAUGGAACCUGAGUUUGUUAAUAUUUCGUCUCCAUCUACUUCCAAUGGUAAUUUCGUCGCAAACACUGGAAGAUUAUCAAAGCCUCCAUUCAGUAUGGUCAAGAAUUCCAAGCUGGAUGAUGUCUUGACUCCUGGAGUCCGCUCGAUGAAGGCUUCGGCUGUUAAAGAUGCUAAUAGAGCUUCAUCAAGGUUCUUUCAGGGUGAAAUUCAUGAUGCUGUACUUGAUGACAUCUCUCCCCAAGUUGAGCAAAAUGGUCUGUUUGGACCUUUUCCUAAAGUUAGUCCUCCACAUUCUCGCAGAGUUAUGGCUAAACCGACAAGGACACCUAGCAGCCACCGUGGCUUGCUUGAUGACUCACCUGAAGAAAGAUACAAAACUGCUUCUGGUAAGAGGUUCUCACCAGGAGACCUAGAUAGACCUAUAAAUAUGGCUUCUUCAGGCGAUGCAAUGGAUAUGUCUUGGAGUCGAGAAACAUACAGCUCUCCUGCUGUAGAUUUCAACAUUAGUGGUGCUCAAAGAUGGAGGUCGGAUGAAAGUGGUGAUGAAGAAGAGCAGCCAAGUUCAGAAUUGUUGAGGGUUGCUUCUCGUCCGACACCAGUGAGAAGAAGUUCUAGACUGUCACGGAGAUAAAAUACUUGAAAAAGACUGCCACAGUUUCUUGAUUAAUUUUUUGGAAGUGGAUUUAGCUGCAAGAGGCUGGCUGCAAUAGUUGCAAGAAGAUGAGAUAGAGUGGUAAAAUUUGUCUCGGAAAGAAAAUAAAUAUCACAAUACUUCAAUUUCCGGAAGAAGUCGGUCACUUGAUUACAGCCUCUGGUAGUUGAACUACAGUGUGCAGGAAGAAAAUAUAUGGUAAGAGGAGCCAAGUUGCACAGUUUAGGCCUUUUUCUUCUGUGUCUUACAUCUGAUGUAUUUCAUAUGCUAUGAGAAAAUUUUGUAAACAGAGGAUAUGAAGUUCUGACUUGGCCAUCAUACACAUUUCAGCUACGAAAUUGAUGGGCUUUGUUUUGGGAGGUGCCCAAGUUUAAGCAAUGAAGGGAGGAGUUACAUUCAAUUUUCGUCUGACUCUUGUGUUAGAUUACAUGAAACCUUUAAUAUCUCGCUUUACAUAAAUUGUGAUGAGCCUCUAAUGGUUCCUUUGUUGAUUUAUGCUUCAUUUUUUGGUAA